CUGAGCCCGGGCCUGGGCCUGAGCCUGAGCCUGAGCCUGGGCCUGAGCCUGGGGCCUGGGGCCUGGGCCUGAGCCUGGGACCGGGACCGGGACCGGGACCGGGACCGGGACCGGGGGGCUGAGGCGAGGAGGGAGCAGCGGUGAGGAGCGGCGCUGGAGGGAUCCGAAAGGAACCUCGGUCCCAGCAGAGUUGUCUCCAGGAGAUCCCGGAUGGCUCCGGUUAAAAUCAGCUACGUCGUGUCCUUCUCUUCGCAGGACCCCAAGUACCCGGUGGAGAACUUGCUGUGUGAGGACAGCCUUCGUCCCUGGCUCGGCUGCCCCCAGGACCGCAGCAGGCAGCUGAGAGUGGAGCUGCAGCUGGAGAGAGCCAGUCCCAUCGGCUACGUGGACGUCGGCAACUGCGGCUGCGCCUUUCUCCAGAUCGAGGUGGGACGUUCCUCAUGGCCGCUUGACCGGCCCUACCUCACCCUGGUGCCCAGCGUCGCCCUGAUGACGCCGGCUGACUCGAAGCUGGACCAGAACCGCUGCGGGGUCCGGAUGUUUAAGGAAGCAGACUUCCUGGCGCCGGCAGUGGGGCAGAAGUGGGACCGGCUGCGGCUCACCUGCAGCCAGCCCUUCAGCAAGCACAGCCAGUUCGGCCUGUCCUUCAUCCGCGUGCGCACGCCGCUGGACCCCGAGCCUCCCCCGCCGCCCCCACCCUCGCAGCAAGGCCUGGAGGAUGCAGAGCCCACGGACGGCCCCUGGCGCUCCAGCCCUGCCUUUUGCCAGACUUUCUUUCCAGAACCACCUUCGAGCUCGAGGGAAGAAGAGCAGCUGAAGAGCCGCCUGCAGCAGCUGGAACCGGGCGCCUGGAGCCCAGCCCACCUCAGCCGCCCAGCGCAGAUGGUGCUGUCGGCGGCGCGGAGCCGGGCGCUGAGGCCCAGAACCAGCACAGGCAUGCCGGGGAGUGACCCAGAGCUGCCGGCCGAGGGCCAGGGAGGCUCUGCGGUGCCAGGGUCUGCGCAGGAUGUCCCCGCAGCGCCCGUGAGAGCCCACCAGCAGGCAGACAGCAGGCAGGGAGCUCCCCGCCCUGCGCGCAGGUCUCUGCCAGCCGCCUCCAGGCGGGCCAGGGCCGGAGGAAGAGCCAGAGCCCGUAGCCACCGAGAGAGACGGGCCAGGAGGGGGGACAGCAGAGGGGACAGCCGACAUGAGGGGACCGGCGUCUGCCCCAUCUGCUCAGGCCGCUUCAGCCUGGAUCUCCUCCCCACACAUGCCUCCCGCUGCGGGGAGGAAGACCCCGAUGCAGCCUGGCCUUCCUCCCUGCUGGCAUUGUCGUCUCCUGACGCCUGGGUGUCCUGCCCCAUCUGCGGGCUGCCCUUCGGUGCGGCGGAGGUGGAGCGGCACGCCAGCACCUGCGGGGAGCAGGCAGGGACGUCGGGCACCCCGUCCCCCCGCACGGGGUAGGGCUGUGAGGACAGCGAGGGGGGACAAACCCCCCCUGUCACGGCGCAGGGGCUGAAGCUGCAUCGCUGCGGCUGUUGGUGACGCCGGACCAGAGCCCUGCCUGCCCCGUGGGGCGAGCUGCUGCCUGCGCUGGCAGAGCCGCGCUGCUGGACCUGGAUGUGCCGCGGCAAGGCGCGGGGCAGGGAUGAGCCCACGCAGGAGCGCCGGCCACGCUGGCAGAGGCGCAGUGGCCCCGGUAAAUUCGUGGCAAGGCUGGUGUGGGGAGGGAGACGCCACUUCCAUCCCCAAGGCCAGGCCUGGGGCAGCACGGGGGUGACCUUGGGGUGUGGGGAAACGCUGUAAUGGUGGGAGUUGCUGCUGGAGAAUAAAUUAAAGGAGAGAAAGAGGAAA